UUUAAGUGUUAAUUCAAAGUUCGUAGAUACUACAAGGAUGUUAAACCCAAACAAGCAUUGCGCAGGAAUAACCUAGGAAAGAGACAUUCAAUGGAGUCGUUAAUUCUAUUUUUGAUGGUGACGAUAUGUUUCAUUAAAGCAGAUGAUAAUCUAGCCUGGAAGGUUGUGAAGAAAGCCUUGCAGUUUGGUGAUGAUUUACACCUGUUUUGCCAAGUGAAAAACUGUUGUCAAAAAUCGGCUGGAUGGGGGAAAUGGACAUCCGAUGAUCACUUGAUAACAAUAUUUAUUGAUGUAAAAAAUUUACAUAAUGAUGGAAGUUUAAAGUACAGUGGAGGAACUAAUAAGACAGGAUUUUUUUUAAGAAUACGUAACAUAACACAAGGUGACUUGAAUAUAUCAUAUUCAUGUACAUAUGGAUUUCAAGUCAGCAGAAAGAAAAACUUACUGAUGGAAGAUGCUUUAUUCAGUCCACCAAAAACGAUUGAAACAAUAAACCGAUUCAAAGGUUUGUAA